UCAUGAACUACUCGCCUUCUCCAACUUUUAAAACUCAUCAUAAAUAGUAAAAAAGUAGCCGGAAAAAUAAAAUAAAAAGUCUAUUUCUCUUUCCUUUAAAAUCCAAAUCCUAUAAACUCAUAGCUUUCUCUGUUCUUUACUUAUACCUCACGUUAUACAUAUAUAUAGAGUUUCUAUAAAUGCUUCUCUUUCCUCUCGAACAAAUCUUCCUCACUUCUCUCAUUUCCACACUCACCUUCCUCUCUAUAUAUUAAACCCUAUCUACUUAACUCUUCUUCUAACUCUAAUCUCUCUCUCUAUUUACUCUGCUUCUGUUCUCACUCUGAAAGAACCAAAACAUGACGGUGGUUAGAGAGUACGACCCGACCCGAGACUUAGUCGGCGUGGAGGACGUGGAACGACGGUGUGAAGUCGGACCAAGCGGCAAGCUUUCUCUUUUCACCGACCUUUUGGGUGACCCGAUUUGUAGAAUCCGACAUUCACCUUCCUAUCUCAUGCUGGUGGCUGAGAUGGGUACGGAGAAGAAGGAGAUAGUGGGCAUGAUUAGAGGAUGUAUCAAAACCGUUACAUGUGGCCAAAAACUCGAUUUAAAUCACAAAUCUCAAAACGAUGUCGUUAAGCCUCUUUACACUAAACUCGCUUACGUCUUGGGCCUUCGCGUCUCUCCUUUUCACAGGAGACAAGGGAUUGGGUUUAAGCUCGUGAAGAUGAUGGAGGAAUGGUUUAGACAAAACGGAGCUGAGUAUUCGUAUAUUGCAACUGAGAACGAUAAUCAAGCUUCUGUGAAUUUGUUCACCGGGAAAUGUGGUUAUUCGGAGUUUCGUACACCGUCGAUUUUGGUUAACCCGGUUUACGCUCAUCGAGUUAAUGUUUCGCGGCGAGUCACGGUUAUCAAGUUAGAGCCGGUUGAUGCUGAGACGUUGUACCGAAUCCGGUUUAGCACAACAGAGUUUUUCCCGCGGGAUAUUGAUUCGGUACUUAAUAACAAACUCUCGCUUGGGACUUUCGUCGCGGUGCCACGUGGAAGCUGUUAUGGAUCCGGGUCUGGAUCAUGGCCCGGUUCGGCUAAAUUCCUCGAAUAUCCACCCGAGUCAUGGGCCGUAUUAAGCGUGUGGAAUUGUAAAGACUCGUUUCUGUUAGAAGUACGUGGAGCGUCGAGAUUGAGACGUGUGGUGGCUAAAACGACGCGAGUAGUUGAUAAAACGUUGCCGUUUCUGAAACUACCUUCGAUACCGUCCGUUUUCGAACCUUUUGGACUUCAUUUUAUGUAUGGAAUCGGAGGAGAAGGUCCACGCGCGGUGAAGAUGGUGAAAUCCUUGUGUGCUCACGCGCAUAACUUGGCUAAGGCAGGUGGUUGUGGUGUCGUGGCGGCGGAAGUUGCCGGAGAAGACCCGUUGCGGCGAGGAAUACCACAUUGGAAAGUGCUAUCGUGUGACGAGGAUCUUUGGUGUAUAAAGCGGCUUGGAGAUGACUAUAGUGAUGGUGUUGUUGGUGAUUGGACUAAAUCGCCACCUGGCGUUUCCAUUUUUGUAGACCCUAGAGAAUUUUAAAACUUUUUUUUUAACUCUAUAAUAUAUAUUCUCUAUUAACCACUUGAUGUUAAAUUAGGGGUUUUCUUCUAAGUUUAUAGAUUUUCUUGUUUUAGAAUUAAUCUUUUUUUUUAGGUAACUUUUUUUGCUUUUUGUUUUGUUUUGUUUUGUUUUUGUGGGUGUUAUAAAUUAGUGGUAAGAGGUAAUAUCUCCUACUUUUGGGUUUGUGUCUUCUUGUCUUGUAAAUGGAUCUAGCUUUUUAAGAUACUUUUUCUUUGUGGCCAAACCAAAACGCCGACCUGAUUAUUAUUUCCAAGUAGAUAAAAUUUCAUGAA